GUCUCAGAUAACACAUUCUGGAGACAACUCCCAUUGUCACAGGCAUAAAAGAGGUGGGGUGGGGGAGCAGAGCACACACUCCUGCCUCAGGAUCACAAACCUUGUUGUGAGCUGCAGCUUGGGUUAGGUCCUCGGUACUUCUUGCCAUGGCCUGUUACAGCUUCAGGCAAACUUCCUCUUCUGUGGCAGGGGGACCCGGUGGCUCCUCGGCCCGUUUCGGUGGUGGUUGCUUUAGGGCUCCAAGCAUCCACGGGGGAUCUGGUGGCAGGGGUGUGUCAGUCUCUUCUGCUAGAUUUGUCUCUUCUGGCCUGGGAAGCGGGCUGGGUGGUGGGUAUGGCAGUAGUUUCAGCAGCAACUUUAGUGGUGGCUAUGGCGGUGGUUUGGGUAUUGGUGAUGGCCUCCUCUCGGGAAAUGAAAAGGCAACUAUGCAAAGCCUGAACGAACGCCUCGCGUCUUACCUGGACAAAGUGCGUGCACUUGAAGAGGCAAACUCUGAUCUUGAAACUAAAAUUCGAGACUGGUACCAAAAACAAGGCCCAGGCCCAGCUCGGGACUACAGUCCUUAUUACAAGACUAUCGAAGACCUUCGAGACAAGAUCCUUGAUGCCACUAUCGUCAACUCGAAGAUUGUCUUGCAGAUUGACAAUGCCAGGCUGGCUGCUGACGACUUCAAAACCAAGUUUGAAACAGAGCAAGCUCUUCGCAUGAAUGUGGAGGCCGACAUCAACGGCCUGCGCAGGGUCCUGGAUGAGCUCACCCUGGCUAGAACAGACCUGGAGCUGCAGAUUGAAAACUUAAAGGAGGAGCUGGCUUACCUAAAGAAAAACCAUGAGGAGGAAAUGAGUGCCCUGGGAGGGCAAGUAGCUGGCCAAGUCAGUGUUGAACUGGACUCUGCUCCAGGCAUUGACCUGUCCAAGAUCCUGGCUGAUAUGAGAGAUCAGUAUGAACACAUGGCUGAGAAGAACAGGAAGGAUGCUGAGGCCUGGUUCCACAACAAGACUGAAGAGCUGAACCGUGAAGUCGCUGUCAAUACUGAACAACUGCAGAGCAGCAAGUCUGAAGUCACUGACCUGAGACGUUCCCUCCAAGGGCUGGAAAUAGAACUUCAGUCCCAGCUCAGCAUGAAAGCCGCGCUGGAGAGCACCUUGGCAGACACGGAAGGGCGUUACGGUGCCCAGCUGGCGCAGAUCCAGGGCCUGGUUGGCAGCAUGGAGGCACAGCUGGCUGAGCUCCGAGCUGAUAUGGAGCGCCAGAACAGCGAAUACAAGAUCCUCAUGGAUAUCAAGACUCGACUGGAGCAAGAGAUCGCUACUUAUCGACAACUCCUGGAAGGCCAGGAGUCCCAGAUGUUUGGCUCCCUUUCUGAAACAGCCGACAAAAGAGACAAGCUGGCAGAUGGAAAAUAGUACUGAAAGUCCUCCAAAUGUCAUCGUCAAAAUGAGAAAAAGCAGACAACGCACAGGAAUUGAAACAGAGAGGAAUCACUCUAAACUGCUGGAAAUUACUAUCUUAAAGCAUGGAAAAUUCUUGGCCACACAAAGUUUAGGUAGAUUCAUCCAUUUAGUGGUGAUUAAUUUGCGAGUUGGGUUAGCUUUUCAAUUAUUUCUAGUUCUGGCAUGUACUGAAUUGCUGUAUCUAGUCCAAUAAAGAUGAUCAUCUUCUUGCAAUCUUAA